AUGAAGCGUUUGUGUAAGGUUUUCAUCCUUCUGUGCCUCGCAAGCGUUGCUUUUGAGGUCUAUGGUCAACACAUUGCAUUUUAUGGCGACGAUUUUGUUUCAUUUGACUUGAACACGAUGCCUUGGUUUGCGCAUAGGUCAAAGAUAAUGGUGAAACAUAUCAUCAACAUUCACUUCAUGACUGUGCUCCCAAAUGGAAUGUUGAUUUACAUGGGCGGUUGGGAGGAAAAGAGCGAUUUUGUAAUGAUAAAUCUUGUACACGGAAAGUUAAGGUAUGAAAUGUUUAAUUAACAAUGUUUAUUUUAAUGAAAGGUUUGACAAAACAACGAUGGCGGUCGGUAACCGUAGACGUACACGGAAAUUAGUUAACAGUAGACUCGCGAGAUGUUCAAAAACAGACAAAAAGUGUUAAAAAUGCUCGAAAUUUGAAGUAAACAAAAACAUGAUCAAAUAGCAGUGAUGUGAUGUGAACAACUAACACGUUUUGAACUUGUUUCUUGACCAUGUAGAUUUUUGCAUUAAGUGGUCUGCCCCCGCUAGAGCUCAAAGUUCAUAUUUGUACCCAAUUUUCGACUUAAUAACAGGUUAUUUCACAGAGCUGUAAAGAGCACCAUCUGUGCUCGGUUUAGCAGUCACGCGUAGUCAUUUCAUUGAUCGAGCAAAAUAGGAUCCUAGUCUUUCUUUUUAUCCUGAUUUUACACAUUAAUGUUUAUGUUUCUAAAGGCGCGGUUAUGUUCUUACUUUCGCUGUAAACGAGGAACCUCAAUCCUAGUGCUUUUGAAUUUUCAGUCAUUAUCAGAAAUUGACUGUAAACCAGAAUUUUCAUUACCUUGCAUUUAUGAAGCUUUUUAAAAGCAUUUUGGUCAUAAAUUUUUUGUGGUCUUUAAGUUUGACAAUACCGCGUGAAAUAAUGUCGUUAACCUUGGUGCUAAAAUAAUUUUGUACUACUAAUACUAAAACGUUCAAUUAACAAAACUGAGCAAAGUACCUUUGCUAAUACCUUGAAGAGAUAAAGAUAGUUUACCUUGAGUAAAGGAAGGUUGCUUGCUCUUUUUUUGUUGUGUUUUCAGGGUUGUCACUAAGAUUUCAAGUUGCCCCCUAAAUACAACAAGUAGGCAGGGAAUCAAACCGCUAGGGAUUUCUUUUGGUUCUAUUUUUCUUCUAUUUUCCCAUAAAAGUAGCUGGGGGCCACUCUCUUAGUAGCCGGGGAAAAUCUCCGGCCCCCGGCUCUUAAUGACAACCGUGUGUUUUGUUUUUUAAAUUGUUUGUGUGUGUUUUUUGUGGGGGAGCGGGGGGGGAGGGGGGUGGGCAUCCGCGACUUUUCUUGAUGGUCAGAUCUAACUGAAGACCUGGGAGAGGCUGGGAUUUGUAGGAAAAGACACUUUGAAGCAUUGUAAUGAGACAAAAAUGUCAGAAUCGGGGCUCUAACUGUGGUCAAAAAAUAUACAACACAGCUGGGUGCUUACAUAGUUACAUAGUAAGACUGUCCUAACUCUUUACUGAUUAGUGCUUCUGUUCAGCGGCCGCGACGAAUUCGAAACUGGACUCUUGUAUCACUACGCUUUACAAAAAGCAGACUAUCCAGUCCAUACAUUGAUAGACAUUGAGCAAGAAAGUGAACAACUUGAAUGAUCUACUAUCACUGUUUCCUAGUAUUUUGAGAAAUUGUCACAGGGGCCGUUUAUUCGAGAGGGGAUGUUUAUUAGAGAGAGGCGUCUAACUUAAAGGCGUUACCUAAUGGGUGUUUAUUAGACAAGAGGCGUUACUUGAGAGAGGGCGUCUCUUACACUUUAUGCUUUUUACUACAUUGGUAAUCCUGUGGUGUUUGGCCUUUCUCCUACAGAGUCACAGUAAACCUUGGUGACAACAAUCCUUCCCAAGUAGGGGAUCUGUGGAUAGACAACCUUGCUGAUAAUACUUGGUACAGGGCAUUGGUAACUCUCGAUGGACGUAAAUUAAAAGUAAGGAUUGAUAAAAAGAAUUAUUUGCUUAAGCUGAAAAGUGAACACACCAGGUUGGAUAUAGAGGGCUUGACGUAUAUCGCAGGACUAACCACAGGCAUGGCCAACAAUCUGCGAGAGUAUAAGCCUUCGCCACACUUCAAGGGCUGCAUUGAAGCUGUAAGCUACAGCGACAGAAGAAUUUUUCCCAGAGAAAACAAAAACAGGAAGCUCUUAAGGAGGUAUACAAUGCACGGCUCCCCCAAAAUCCUUGCCUCGCGAUCCAGGUGCAGACGUCUGGAAUUGAAGACGCUAAGCUUUGGAUACCCGGAAGCAUAUCUCAAGUUCGCCUCGUCGGGUAGAAUCAACCUGAACGUACGGUUCCACUUUCGCACGUAUUUGGCAAACCAGAUUUUAGUAUCGAAGGGUAAUGAACUUGGGCGAUUUUCUUUUGUCCGUGUUUUGAUGGUUAAAGGAAAGGUAUUUCUUAAAGUGAGGACGUCUCCUGGCGGUAUUGUACAACCGCUUUACUCUAAAAAGCAAUUGAAUGACGGUUAUUGGCACGAUCUGUCAGUUGUUGUGAAUGAGACAUUGAUAAAGCUAGCUGUUGAUAACGAAGUGCCGUUGGUGCAUUUUAAUCCGAGCCUGAAUCAAUCUGUUAACGAAGAAGAGGACCUGACCAUGUUCAUUGGCUUCGCUCGAAAGGCAACUAUGCCAUCCUUCAUCGGUUGUAUUUAUGGUUUAAGUGUCGACGGCGAAAAUAUUGUUUUCACUAAAAUAAGCCCGACAAGCAAGUCCGGUGCGCUGCAGAACUUCUGCAGCCUUUCAAGCCCUUGUUUCCCUAAUCCCUGCUUACAUCGUGGUAAAUGCAUCGAAGCACGGUCUGGUGGUUUUAACUGUGACUGUCAAAGCACGUUUUACAGAGGGCGCUUUUGCGAAAAACCCAUUUAUCGAAGGACCUGCCAGGACUACAAAGAUCUUGGUUUAUCUGGUGACGCCAACUGUAUAGUGGAUUUAGACGCCGAAGGUCCUUUGAAACCAAUUACGGUCCUGUGUAAUGUUACGCAACAAGGAAAUGCCGUUACAAUUGUCGGGCAUAGCAAAAUUGGUCUUCAGAGGGUGAAUGCAACGAAAAUUUUCUUUCCAAAAAUAGGCUAUUUCCAUUCUGUGAGAUACCCAUCGCCGAUGAAGGAGAUCAGAGCUUUGAUCAACCGGAGCGAGCGAUGCCUUCAGUAUGUUGGCUUCAAGUGUUUUGGUUCCAAAUUGCUGCAGUCAGCAAUAGGCCCAUAUCAGGUUACGUUGAAAGGAAUAAAGUCGUAUAUAGCGCCUGAAAACUGGCCAGACCCGUCUUCAGGCAACAACAACUGCUCGUGUAGAGUAAACGGAACGUGCGCACUUCCCGAAAUGUCUUGUUACUGCGAUAUUGGAGACGAAACCUGGAGAGAAUAUGCGGGUAUGAAACCUUUUCUUAUUUUGUUAUAUUUGAGUUUUAAUUCGUGACAGGGAAACAAAAAGGACAACGCAUAGGCAGAAUUGAAAGGCUGAAGCAGAAGGGGACCUUGUUCAAUUACCAGAACAAGCAGCAAAAAGCAGCUGGUAUUAGAGAGUUUAAAUUUCACGUAUACGGCAAACGGCAAACGUCAGAUCCAAGUUGAUGUAACGUUGUGGCUUUGUACAGCAACAAACGGGUUUUGUAAACAUAAACAAAUAUGAACAAACGAUACUUUUAAUCCAUAAGUCGGUUCACUGAAGACUCCUGUACAAGAUCGCGAGCACAUGUAAAAUCUGGCAUCCUAUUGGAUAACAACUAUCACGUGACGUUACAGUUGAGAAUUUCUCAAAACAGAAAAUGAGCAGACAAAACAAGCUCAAAACAAUUCUUAUGGAUAAAAAAUUUCUUCAAGCUCCUAAUUUAUGUGUAGAAAUAAUGAACAGUAAACGACAAGUAAAGGGGAAACUUGGUCACGUGGUACAAAUUCGCGUUUGCCGUUUGACGUAAACAUGAUGCUUAACCUGUUAAUUAGGUAAACUUUUCUCCUGAUAGCGCUUAAUAUGGCAUUGCUGUGCAAGGUUAAAGUGUGCUGCAGCCGCUGCAUGUAUUAAGGCCAGCCUUGUUCAUAGUUACACAACCCAACUGCAAUGAGAAUUAAUUCAUGGAACUCAAACAACUGAUGUACUUAUCGUCAUUUUUUAUGAGCUGAAAAUCUUCUCUUCUUGGUUGUCCUAUAAAAUCCAAUGACGUUAUUCCGAUUUUGCUUUUUGAAAGGUUACGUCACCGACAAGUCCGCCCUGCCAAUCACCGUGGUUGAGUUUUUAGAAUCAGCUUCUCAGUCGUAUUUCACCGUGGGACCUUUAACGUGCUAUGGGACAUCAACCAACUAUGCCAAUAACAGUUCAGAAAAUACGACACGCGAAUUGCAACACGAAGCAGCGCGCUUUUUCAAGUCCUUGUGCUUUGCGGUCAACCCCACUACGGACGCUAACGUCCAACCUCGUUCGAGUGUCCCACAACUACAUCGUAUUCCGAUAUUUACGAGAAAUCAAGCUAAAUUUUCAAUAGGAAUGACCGCUUCAGUUGAUUCAACUGGUACAUUAGCAUCAACAACUGUGAAAGCCACAACGAAGAUCCAAAAGUCGAAGGAAAUUCCUGUCCAUACAAGUUCCCUUCCGACUGAUUUCAAUGAAGAAGUGAUCCAAACUGUUUUUGGUGAUGGCGGUUUGGCAGAAGCUACUGCAAGCAGCACUGUUUUGCAGUUUUCCACGGAGAAAUCUAACUCGGACCCUCCAUUAAACAAAUCCCAAACCUUAGGCGGGUCGCCGAACGGUAAACCAACAACAGAUGGCCAGAAUUUGACAUUUUCGUGGCAACUUGUGGUGACGGUAAUACUUCUUGUAGUUGUAUCUAUAAUGUUUGUGUCUUUGGUUGUCUGCUGUGUCAAGAAACGUGGCAUAAGCUGCAAAUCAGCUGGGUUCCACUGUUUAACGAAGGCUCAAAAGACUGACGACCACGGCUUUGUUGAAAUGAGGCCAGGAUCACAGGCUCGAAAAUCGGAAUCACCCGAUCCGCGUCGAUCUAUCGCAGCUGGUGGCUAUAAUGUGAGGGCAGGCAUUAUUCUCUACGGUAAUCAUGAGAAAUUUUGAACAACUCAAGGAGCGAACCAGGAAGGUAUUGGUCAUAACAAAUCGACAACAAAUUUUUCAUGGUCUGUACUCUUAUUGAUCAUAGAAGUGACGUCAAUGUGUUCAAACCUUUGCAGUGGAAGCACGAGCCGUAGGCGAGUGGUUUUACUGUAAAGUUUUGAAAAUGUUGACGUCAUUUCUUUGGUUGAUAGGAGUGCAGCCCAUGAAAAAUUGUUGUCGAUUUGUAUUUUACAUGAUAACAUUGACAGGUUUGAUGUUAAUUUUCCAAGAAGUUUCUCGGAAAAUUGCGCGUGCAAGAAGGAGAAAACCAAAUUGCGUCACCAUUACGUCAUUUCCAUGGUCUGUUCUCCUAUCAAACAUAGCUCUCGACCACACAGAGCGCGAAAAAUCGCCCAGUUAUUGUAAAAUUCAAAAUUGUACCCGAGACUGAGUUUGGAUUCUUUAGAAUUGCACUAUGCAGGGCAGAAAAAAAAAUUGAAAUCCUGCUGCCCAGUGGGCAAGUAAAUUUCAUUUUUCGCAUACCCCAUCUAAAUAUUACUUGCGCAAAGGGAACACAAUGGCUCAUUACCUAUUGUUGUAAGUCAAUGUCUUUAAUAAGUUUUAGUUUAUCGCAAAUUGUGUAAGUUAACUAGUACUUAAGUGCUGAGCCAGAUACGGGGUAAGUACUGGAUUUGACGAAUAUGGUGGAUGGAGGAGUAACAGGAGCAAGCAAACGUGCACUUGGAUUUUAAAAUAAUUCGUGCUUUCAAUUAAUCGUGUCACUCAUCUUGCAGUCUUCAAUUUGAGUCUUCAGUAUGGAUAUCAUUUACCAAGCUGAAACUUUGAGACAGACUCACAUAAGGACUACUGAGGCUAAUUUCAGUUGCCCAUUGGGCCACCAAACCGACGUAUAUUUUUACUUGCCCAAGGUCAAAAUUUACUCAGUUGCCCCGGGCAAUCGGACCUGGUUUUUUUCCUGCCUUGCUAUGGGACUGUGUUAGGGGAUAAAAUGUAGUCGUAUUACUUAAGAAGACCGCUGGCUUCCCCCAAACAGUCCCAUAAUACAAUUCGACUCAACACCGACUCAGUCUCACGCGUAGCUUCAAAAUCAGCCAUUUCGCCAUUUUAGAAACGAGAAGGAAACUGGGCCGAGUUUACUUGCGCAAAGACUUCUGGGACUAUAACCAGGGACAGGGAAAAAAAUUGGCCAUUCCGGUGCGUCCCUAGUAACAGUCCCUGUAACAAUCGCGGGACGCAUUUCGACUUCAGUUUCCUUAUCGUUUCUAAAAGAAAACUGCUUAAUUCCUUAUAGCCUGCGAAAGCAUCUGUUUCUCCUCGCUCUUCGCCGCUGGGGGACGUUUCGCGAGGAGGAACGUCUGUGACUCAGCGACAUAAAUUCCAUACUGAUGACGCAAAUGUUUACAAAAUGAAUCCGGUAGUCAUGAGGUUCCAAAUAUAAAUUUGUCCAAUAUUGCGUGUCUUCUGGUCGAUUUUGGUGAAGUGUUAUGUUCAUCUGCCAACGAGCUUCAGCAAGACUCAAAUGUUUCAUCUAGAGCAGACUACUUCCACAAAUAUUGACUGUUUUGUUAGAGAUUCUUCGCGUUUACAUUUGACCUUUGUGGCCUUUUAUCUUUUGCCUGUCAUUCGUAAACAAUAGCUAAAACAAUGUAACUACUCCGUCGACCAAUCAGCGCUUCUGACCGGAUUCCGGAUAGACUUUACGUCAUCAGUAUAGAAUUUCUGUCGCUGAGUCGCAGACGUUCCUCCUCGCGAAACGUCCCCAGCGGCGGAGAGCGUGGAGAAACGGAUGUUUUCGCAGGCUUAAUUCCUUAGCGUAGCCUAGAACUGUUUCUUUUGAAAAGGUUACCUGGAAGCGCAAGUCAUUAUCAUGUCAAAACUUGAGGGAAUCAUUUUAGAAUUUGAUAAUUAAGAAGGCUAACUAUCAAGAGAAUGUUUUAAUGUUAAAUAUGCAUUGGUAAGAAGUCACACUAAUCUUUGACUCUUUCUCGACAGCUCGAUCUCAAAUGAUGACAAGAAAGGAAGAUUUACGUUGUGUUGGCAGAAUAAUUAACCACUUUAUUAGUGAAAAAGUAGAUGUAUUCAUUUUAAGUUAGUAGUGCCUAUUCGUGGCGGGGAAGGCGGAGUUUGUUAUGCUAAUAGGACGCGAAAAAAAAUGCUGACGAACGGAACGAAAAAUUAUUUCUUCUGCUCGAUGCCCACCCUCGUCCCCUUAUAAUUAACAAGCAGUAACAUUCAGUUACUGAUGAGUACCUUGCAUACUUUGCAAACGUUAUGUAUGUAAUAAAUUUCUCAUAUUCCUAUUGUGACGAGACCAAAACCUCAUUCCCAGUGCCUCCCUUCUCACUGUGUCAAAGAGACCCUGGGAACAAGGUUGGGUAAGACCGCUGAAUGAAGGACUGAUUCCCGCUGGGUUUUCCAAUUAUAAUGUUCAUAUUAACAUUUCCCUAACUCAAGUAAGGACAAGAAGGAUAUGCUUCGAAAGUAUCUCUGUAACUUUAGUUACCUGUUUUACAUUUUUUUGAGUGAGAUUGGUUAUAAAUGAUCUGUAUGUCCUUUCAAGAAUUGUCUAGUCGCAGAUUACCAAUAAAUUAAAAUUGUGUUAGCCUGGUGUUAGCUUUCUUGUUACUCAUAGAACUCUUUCAAAAUGGAGGCCCACUUGUGUAUAUCUAGCCGGAUUUUUGAAAACGUUACCCCCAAAUGGACCUUUUGCGUCCAACAGUUUUUUUCCGGCCUCCAUCUCCAAAGUAGCCGUUAUAAAAAGUAAGAGUGAAGCCAUUGCUUUUUUUUCUUCUCCUCCUUUCUUCCUCCUCGCUCUUUCUUUUUCUCCUUUCCUUUUUCUUCGUUAGUGUGAUUUUGGAGCUUAUCGGCUCCAAAAAACCUGCCUUUUGACGCCUUUUCUCUUAAAUGACUGCAAAUUUUCGUUAGGUUGGUUUUCAAAAAACGGAUAGAUAUAAAUGAGUUUUUUUGGUCUCGUUUGAACGUAAGAAUUCUUUUGUAUUUUGCACAUGCAAACAAGGUCAGAAAAGCUAAUUAUCAUACCUAUAAAAGAAUAUAUUAAUAGGCCGCCGUUAUAAUAAGAGGUCUAUUAUAUACCGCAAAUCCAAACGACGAACUGUUAGUUUAAGUGGCUUCCUGGGAUUUUUGGUGGUAGGCGCGGCUCAAGGGGUUAUGGGAAGGGCUUCACAGGUGCCUUUGCGUUUUUGAAGGUUCCCGCUUAACCUAAAAUUCCCGUGAUCCCUUGCUCCCGGGCUUUUCUUGAUCAAUUUGUAAGAGAUCUUGUUCAAAACAAGACGACCAGACACUCUACUGAAGUCAAGAAGAAGCGAUCUAUGGACCAAAUAACUGCAAAUAAAAACAUUUUUAGACUUGGUCAAGAAUGAAGGUUCUGAUUUUAUCAAUCGACUUAGGCGGAUAAGCUACCUAACCAAUACUGAACAUUAGCGUAUCACGAACGCUAGAAUACUCUGACAUAAAUAUUAGCGCGGUUGAUUAAACCAGUUUUUGUUGACACGCGUUGAGGCCGCGCUUUCUCUAGUGACGGCGUCAAAGUAAUCAGCUGAUCAUGAAAGCACUUGCCGAAAUAAAAAAUCCAAGUCGUCAUCUCCACAGAAUUAAGCUCGUAUGCCUUUUCAAACAUUUGUGUUCAGUUUGAGUAAUUCGUUUCACUCGCCUCCCCACCCCCCCACCCCCCACCCCCAAUUUUGCUAUGCGGAAAAUCAAAAUCACACCCCUGAAAGAAACCAAUCUGGGCGUGGCUAAGGUUUUAUGUGACCUUUAAAGGAGGGUGCUUCAAAACAGACAAGAAUUUACGUGUGGUGAUUUUACUUACGAUGAGGAUGUUGACAUGGUAUGCUGUCUUUCAAAAAGUAUUUUGUCACAGGUUUCAUGCAGUCCGGAACAGCAUAAGCACAGGCACACCACUCUCUGCUAGUCCUGGCGUUGAAUCUUGAUGCUCAGAUUUCAAUGACUUCAACAGCUACGUGUGACGAAAAAUUGCAAUAUUUGCCCCCCUAAGCGUGGCAAUGAGCGUUCCCGUCGCCCAGACUUGUGGGGCGAAACAUUAAUUAUUUUAAAAAACAAGAAACAUGGGGAAGGUAGAAGGUGCGGAACAGAGAUAAUUUUAAUUUCUUUUGAAAAAAAAAAAGACAAAGAAAGAAAGGCAAAAUAAAUGAUUUAAAUAGCACGUACAACUGCAAAGCGUGCUAUCUUAAACGAAUGACGCGGCGCUCGGGAGUCGUAACCAGUUCCCACAAGAAAAAGUUGCUUUACACACGUACCAGGCAAAAGAUUUUUGUUUGCAAAACUCCGGGCAUUUAUUUUAAGCUACUGCCACAAACUGUGAAACUUAAUCAGCUGCGAAAAAAUAUCCAUAUGCCAGUAUGCAACGGCCUGAACAUUACUUGAAAUCCGGUCGACCAAGCCCGGCCAAUAGCACAGACGAAGAAUUCGCUCAGGGCGAGCAAACAGCUGGAAAAGUUCCCGCGCCGGGUAUCGCUGAGCAAGAUACGGAAAUUGUUAAAACACACUACAGUCCAAGAGGUGUUUUCUUCGUAUAUUUCCAGGGAGAGGCCUCGAUAGAAGUCGACAAGCAUUUUAACCAGACUUUUUCAGGGCUUUCUUGCUUGCCAGGUGAUGCCGCGGAAAAAAUGGUAGAUGGAUCACGUCUGCAAGGUACAUUUUAAUUGAAUAUUUGUACCAUAUAUAUUUUUAAUUUCAUUUCUGUACUUGCCUUCUGGGGCGCUAGCUACAUUAAAACAAACUUCUCCUCAAGUGAUGAAGGUCGAUCAAAGUUUAUUCGCAAAUUUGCUUUGUAUAUCGUACAUCUUUCAAUUCUCCAGCGGCUGUUGGAGAAAUGAAUGUUUGUUUAGGCUUUGUUUUCUCUCAUCAGUCUAUAUGUCACAACAUUUUUGUGACGAAUACCGUAUCUCGGUCUCUGGUAGCUUGUUUAAAGCCCACCUUGGACUAGCUGAUUUGCAGAGGAGAGUCAAAAUACCUUGAAAACCCAUAUUAUAAACAUCUGUUUCAGUCCUUGUCGUAAAUAAUGUCGAAUGCAGGCUGUGAGUAAAUGAAUGCGCGCGUCUUUCACGAGUAAUCAAACUGGUGUAAAUAUCGUUACUCACCUUGGGACUUUUGGUCCGUGCUUGCAUUAAUCGAUGUCGUUAUCACUUUAUUCAAGCGUAAACUACUUAUGCGUAGCCAAGUUUUGUUUCAAGUAUUUAAUCGUAUCGUACGCAAAUCCCUCUGACGCAACUACUUUUCCAAUACGGGAAGUCUCCCGAUGAAAUUAAAUCAUUUUUAUAGUUGGAAUCUGCUGUGAGCAAGAUCACCUCCAGUUAAGCGACUGCGACCACCUUUCCAGGAUAUUAAUAAAAUAGUGGUACCUUUUCCAUUUUAUUCAAACCUCAAUUAAGCCGCAUAAGCGGUCACUUGACCUGCGGUCUAAUCCUCAUCAGGUGUAUUUUCAAUAUGAGCCGCUCAAUAAGGACAGUCCGUCUAGGAGACUUGCUAUUGGCCUCUCGAUGUCCGUUUUGACGAGAUUUCACCGUUCCUUUGAUAAAGAGGGAGAUGUGUCGGAUCUAUUUCCGAUUCAGAUCGAUCAUCCUUGUGGUGCAACUUUAUGUUAGGCGCCGUAUGGCCAUACCUUGCAUUUGGGUGUGGUCGCUUAAAUUACGAGUACACGACACGAGAUAUGUAAGGACGUACAGGUUCUAUACGGCUCUGUCCUGUCGAUUUUCCCGUGCAUGCUUCUUUAUGUUUUUGUUUCCAUUAGGAUUACCGAGUGUUCCCAUGACGCAACGUAACCUGCCAGCUUCAUUCUGGAAUCAGCCAUCAAGUGACCAGACCCCACAACCACCAACGAGUUACCCGCGUCAUAACAACUCAUUAUGUUUGUUCCAGCAAAAUGCGUCAGAGGGGACAACUUAUUAUAGUACUGGCUGCCGCGUCACCAAUGACGCUUCACACGUCAGCCUUGGGGGAACCGCAACGAAUGCUGCCAGUGAUACGUAUGCAUUUUCCGUUUCCUGUGCUCAGCUCGCUUCAGGGGUGGUGGAAAGUUUUCCGCCAAGGUACCUCCAACAAGGUCCUCAGCCGUUAUCUGACCCUUCAGUGCCUCUUUUAACACAAGAAACCGAUGUUGAUUGUAAUGAAAUGCAAACUUCGUUUAGGUUCAAUCCUAGCUACAAUGACCUUCUUAUUCAACCCAAGGUGAAACCACAAUUGCCUGUUGUAUCCGGUGAGCCAGCGAGAUGA